AUGCGCCCCUACUGCUCGGCCGCAACGCGUGCCUUCCCUGCGGCGAUCCUAACUGGCCGGACAAAGUCCCGCGCCCAGAAGCCCCCCCCACACCAGCAAGCUGGGCACAGGGGCUGAGCAGCCUCAAAACACAUCGCUGACAACCUUGCCUGGCUCUCCGUGCCUGGGAGCCCAGCCACAGCUCCUCUCCCAGGCCCAGCUCAGGCAGGUGCUGGGCAGCCACGUCGUGAGGGGUGAACGGUUGCCGAGGAAGAGCUGGGUAUCCCUGUACCCCACACCUCCCAGGAGGUCAGGAUCCACAUUGGGUGCCUGCUUUCCUGGGCUGCCAGUGUACCCACUGGGGCUGUGGGCUGGUAUCAACCCCAGGCCCUCCCUCAGGCCAGGCCCUCUGGCAGGCGGCUCUUCCCUGGCUGUUCUCUUCCAACAGGUGGAGCCUAGACCAUCCUCUCUCUUUGAACCUGGAGUUUCCUUAACCGGGCUUUGCAGCAAAGGGGAAGGAACAGUGGCAAUGCCAGGUGCAUACCUCCUGCACCCAGGACAACGCCUGUAAGUGAGGGGGAAGGGGGCCACCCGCCCCAGAACCCAAAUGAAGUCAAGACAACCACCCCUGACCUGGGGCUGCACCAGCUCCUGACAUCUGGCACCAUCAUGGCUGUCCACAAAGCUAGAUGGCUCCCAAAGCCCGCCCACGUCAAAAGCUGUUCAGGGCGCCUCACGGCCUGUGCUGGCCUCAUGGGUGUGUGUCAGGGCCAACGGGACAUGGAGGAUGGCAGGAUGACACUAACGGGGUGAGCAGGGCACACUGGUGUCUCCCACACUGCCCUCCAGCACCAGUUAGGGUCACCACGGCCGGCAAGCACCAGGCCUGGGGAUGGGUGAGGAGACAGGGUUGUUGAAGAGACAGAAUGCAGGUCAUCCAUGGCACUGAGGGCUGGGCAGGCCAGGGAGCAGAGGGCACGGGUUCCAGGCACAGCCUCCUUCCUGGAGGUCAGAGUGGACCACCUGGCACUGUGCCCUGGCCCACAAGUAGGCCGUGGGCUCCACACCACACACCCAACUCAGGUGCGGACAACAAAUCCCUGACUGUCCACACCCCCUGUGCCUGGCCCCCCUUCCUCCCCACUCUCCACCUGCAGCCUAUAGCAGCUUCACCCCACGGUGCCAGCCUCUGACUGGCUGCCCUCUCCCUCCUGCAGUGACAUGUUCCGG